AUGAAAUUUCUUUCAGAAUGUGUAUAUUCAUCACUGCAAUACUUGCUUGAAGCUGUAAGAUCAAAGGAAGGCGUUGAAAGCUUUUUCAGGUACUUGGAUGAGGCUUGGAGUCUGCAUGGAAAAGAAGUGGUCUCUGCCUUUAAUCUUUCUGGUUUUCAGCUGAUUUAUGAUCUGGGUGGAAGUAGUGGUGGCUUCGCUAAGGAAUUGAUUUCAAAGUAUCCGAAUUGUACCGUGAAACUUUUUGAUCUUCCUGAAGUUAUGGAUAUUUCUAAAAAAUACAGUGCAUUUUCAGAUGACUCUCAGAUCACUUUCCAUGAAGGAGAUUUUUUUAAAGAUCCAAUUCCUGAAGCAGAUCUUUACAUCUUAUCAAGAGUCUUGUUUAACUGGAAUGAUGAAAAGUGUAUCCACCUACUAACAAAAGUAUUUAUGGCCUGUAAGCCAGGUGGUGGAGUCUUAGUAGUGGAACCAACUAUUGAUGAAGAAAUAUCUGGGUCUUUUCCUGCUCAUGUGUACUGCAUCAUAACGUUGCUUCAUUCUGAAGGAAAAGCACGGAAAACAUCUGAACAUUGUAGGCUCCUCAACACAGCUGGCUUUAAAGAUAUUCAGUCUAAGAAAGGAAAUGUCUUUGAUGUCAUUUUGGCCAGAAAAUAA